GAGAGAAGACAUUGCUGGAAGUGGCAGCAGAGGAGAGAAACCCACAUAGAUCACAUGACCACACCAAUGAGGACGGAGGAGGACCGGAGUCACAUGACUGAGAAGAUACUAAACCUCACCCUGGAGAUCAUCUACCUGCUGACCGGAGAGAGUUUUCCUCCUGUGAAGUCUGGAGAUCAUAUCACUGUCACAGUGUCUUCACCUCACACCUUGUUACUCAAGAAAAACAGUGAACAGAAGAUUGUAGACAUCACCAAGAAGAUGAUGGAGCUGCUGACAGGAGAGAGUGGAAACCAGAAUGAUUGUAAAAUUGAUGUUAAAGAAGAUAUAAAAGAUGAGGAAGAAGUGAUGGAGGAGUCAGAGUUUCCAAAAGGACACAAAGAUCUGUACCAGGACAUCAUGGUAGACUCGUCCAGCUACAGAAACACACCAGAGAGAUGUCCCCGUCCUCUGUAUUCCCGGGAUUCCACACAGGAAGGUCACACCAUCCCUCACCAUCAUCAGGGUGAAGAUCUGAUGAAUAUGAAAGUUGAGGGUGAAGUAGAAGAGACGUAUGUGAGGGAUGAUCAGCAAUACAUGGAGGAUUCUGGAAUGACAAGGACAUUCAAAGAGGAGGACACUCCUACAGAGAUCAGCACAGGACGCGAUAUCGAGGAACCCUCAAAUGAUCAUCUCACUUUAGGUUGUAAAAUGGAAGAUGAGGACAUCACAAGAGAUUGUGUAGGAGAAAAGACAAUGAGCUCAGCUAUGGAUGGUGGAUUUCACAGUGUGGAUAGACUAUCAAAUCCCUCUGACUCUGAGCAACCUCUUACUAUGUGGGAAGUUGCCGGAAUUCAGGGGGAGGAGCCAUUUUUCUGUCCUGAAUGUGGCGAGUGUUUUAGCUGUGAAUUAAAUCUUACUAUACAUCAGAGAUCUCACAGAGGUGAGAAGCCUCAAUCCUGUUCCAAAUGUGGAAAAUGUUUUCUUCAUGAAUCAGAACUUGUUAUACAUUACAGAUCUCAUACAGGAAAAAAGCUAAAUUCCUGUCCUGAGUGUGGAAAAUGUUUUUCACAACUGUCCCAUCUUUACGUGUCUAAAGAUGUGUAUCAGAGGUCUCACAAGAGGAAAGGGCGGCAUGCCUGUACUGAGUGUGGGAAAUGUUUUAAACGGAAGUCAGGACUAUUUCUACAUGAGAUAUCUCACACAGGUGAAAAGCCUUAUUCCUGCCCUGAGUGUGGGAAAUGUUUUUCAAAAAGGUUCAAACUUGACCGACAUCAGAGGGUUCACACGGGGGAAAAGCCUUAUUUCUGUCCUAAGUGUGGUGUUGUGCUUUUUUAAGGUCAGUUUUGCCCGCACAAUAUUUAUUUUGAAUUCUUUUUAAUGAAGAUAUUUUUGAAUA